AUGGCGUCGACCAAGUCCGUUGGUAUUGACGAGGAUCAGUAUCGCAAGGAGGUUCUCUUGCUUUCUUCUGAAGAGGACGAAAUCGCGCAGCAACAACAGUUGACGGAGGAAGCAAAACAACUAGGGCUCAAGGUCCCUGAGAUCGAGAUUGUGGCGUCACUGGCUGCCUCGAUUGCUUCUGGAAUGGUCGAUCUUUCCUCCCCGAUUCUCUCUUCCAGUUCCUCGACCGAUCGCAACUCGAUAUGCGAAACUACACACACUCACGACUCUCCGCGGCUCGACCAACUGGCCUCGUCUCUCUCGGAUUAUACCAUCUCAUCAAACCUAGCUAGAGGCGGAAGCACUCGCUCCAUUACUUCGACUCUGUCGACCCGCCCAACCUCUUUUAGCUCGAGUGAGGGCAGGCUAGCUCAGGGAGGCGAAAAGUCUUCAACCAGGCCAUCCCGACACAGAAGCUCGUUCCUAAGUGUGAUAUCUGGUAGCGACAAGAAUGAAAGGGAAAGGAAACGAUCAAGUAUCAAAUCUGCAAUCGGGAAAAUACCCUUUCGGAAACGGAGAACACCCUCAACAGUGCUCUUACCGCCCGCUGCACAAAUCACCGUUACAAAAGGAGAAGGGGGAGUCGAGAAGCUCUACGUGGAGUCAAAACCGAACGAUACACACCAGCCUACAAGUGUUCCUCCGGAAGACGAAGAGGAAGCCCUGAAGCUCGAGGUCCCAGCGUUUGACAAUGAAUCUCUACUAAGAAGUCUCGGAAAUGCCGAGUUAAAGCAGAUGCGUGAUGCGCAAACAUCAGAAAAGAACCUGCACAUCUCCUUCCAAAACAAUCUGAUUAGUGAGCUGCGGCGUGCACAGCAAGCGAAGCUUGAUGAUAAAUUGGCGCAAAACCGGAAAAUGGAAGAUGAGAAGCGCGAAAAGAAUAUAACAGACGCUGGUAGAAUGGAAGAACGACAACUAAUUAUUGAGAUGGAACAAAUACGAGAAUUUGAAAGGGCGAAAACCAACUCCCGAACACGUAUCAAAUAUAUGGAAGGUUAUCUUAGCAACUCAAGCCCUCCGGACUCGCGGUCUCCGUCUCAUUCGGGCACUGACCUGACAACGCCUAGUCGCAGUUUUACGCAGCGGCAUAAGGCGCAGCUAGCCCAGGAGCAUCACGACUACGAUUCUAUGAGCCAACUUCACACUUCCAAAAUCAAGGUUUUAAGAGAUCGGCAAGAGAUUCGUCUGCGGGAAGCCAUUGCUCGAAUGGACCGGGGACUCGAAGCUAUGAUAGAUGAACAUUCAGCCGAGUUCUCUGGCCUUCAAAAGGAGCACGAACAGGAGGAAACAAUGAUACUCCAGGCACUAAACGUUAAGAAAACAAAAUUACGCCACCGAUGGGUUCUAGAAGAGGCUAUACUGCGGAAGAAGCUCGAAAAUAAGGACGGAAACCUAUACGGACCUCUGCCGCCACUAUCCUUCUCAGACUCGCAGUCUGAAACCCGCGACUCGGCUAUUUGCGUGUCAGAUCCUGACGGUGAAGCAGAAGUCAAACGCCAGAAGGACGCAUGA